CAAAAUGUUAAUGAGUCAAAAAGUGGUCAGACUUGCAGACAACCACUGGUCUAAUAAUGUAUCCAUCAAAGUCCAUACAAGGUAGUUUUAGAUAGUUUCUGGAUUUAUUUUUAACAUAAGAUUAGAAUUGUAUUGUAGUUCAGCUGUGAGUAAUUCCCAACAGUGUAAUUACAUACUUUACACGCUACCCGCACAUACAGAUUAUCUCCGACAGGUGGCGAUAAACCGCAAUUCAUUUCGUGUUGCUUGACCGUCGAAGAAAACCGGGAGCUGAACACUCAGCAUUAGCUGAUUCGGUGAGCCUCGUGGAUCUAAAGUGUCACUUGUGUUCGUGCAUUAAGGUAUAAGUAUAAAAAGAUGGGUAAAUAUGACAUACAAUAGAAGGAGAAGGUUGUAUAUGCUCAAAUAAACAAGGACUGAACAACGGCACAGUAGGUGGCGAUGUGUACAUUUCGUGCAAAGCUUCGAGAAACAAAAGAAGAAAACCGGAUAUGACGUCAUUUGAGAUGUUGCUCUGGAGACGUAAAGUUAACAACUUCUAAACGCUUAAAAAAUUUCUCCACCGAUGGCUGCUCUUUAGCGGCCUUUCUCCAGGCAUCCAUCAUCAUGCUUCAAGCCGAGUCCCUUCAGCUGCUCUGCCUUACAUCGUCCAGUGGUGUCCCACUGUUCUCACGAGGCUCUUCCAAGCAGCUCCCAUUUUCCAUCAUUGGCUCUUUAAAUGGUGUCCACAUGUUUGGUGCUGGACACGGAACUCAGCUAUUGAGCUGCGAGACCGAGCGUGGCAGUCGCGUGGUCUGGCAGGUCUUUCAGGAGAGCCUGAUGCUGAUUGCUGUGAGUGGUGGUGGUGGUGGCUGCGCCGUCAGUGAGCUGCAGUUGGGCCGCCUGCUAGACAAUGUGUGGAACUGCAUGGUCAUGGUCCUGGGACAGGAUGAGUUGGCAAACAUACGCAACGUGGAGCGGUUAAAACGGGAAGUGCGCUCCUGCUACCGCUUGAUUGAUAUGCUGUUGGAGCGUGUUAGCGAUGACCAGGGCAUGAUGGGACAUUUAACACAAUGCACCGACUGCCUGCUCCUCUCCAACUCUAGCAUGGUGCAAGAGACCCUAGACUCUUUUACCCAGGCAGCGGAUAGUGAAUUUGGCUGCCUGCUUGUGCAUGGCCGUGUGGCCCAUGCCACGGAAAAAUGGUGGUCUCGUUUGGCCCCACAAGAAGUUGUUGUCCUUUUAACUCUGGUACAUUCGCUCUCUAACUCUUCCUCUUGUGAUUAUCCGGUCUUUCUGCCCAAAGGCAGUCCCACAGUUGCUAUUCGUUUACUCUGUUUCCAGCUACUUCCAGGGGUUCAUGUAUGUGUUCUUUGUGGCCCCAAACCUUCUUUGUACAAGGCAGAGAAUGAGCUUGUAGCUCGUUUUUGGUCUCCUCUGUUGGAGACUCUCCGCAGCUGUCUGGAGCAAGCUGACCGCUCCAUCCUCCCUCCAUCUGUUAACCUUCGCUGGGACGUUCAAGCUCUUCUGCUCAUCAACCGUGAAUCCCGACGUGCAAUCACAGUAUGCCCACCUGUUCGUGGGGGCGCGCCAGCAAACGCUACACCCCUUCUUUCGUCACACCGCCGCUUGGAGCUCCUUCGCCUCUUUUAUACAUUUGCUGUCACUCGAUAUUUUACCUCAGAAGAUGCACCAGUCUCGCCAGCCUCACCUACUUCUGAGCCCGUCUUUGAGGAUUUCUCUCAGGGGUUUACUCAUGUCCCUUUGCAGUGCUACCUCGUCACUGAUGACUGCAAGUGUUAUGGGCUGCAGAGUCCUCAGCAUCAGCUCUACCUCCUCACGGAUCUCUCCGUACCCACGUUUGCCUUGCGCUCCGUGGCAACACAGACUCUCACAGCUAUUACUGCUGCAACAGGUUUUUAGUACAUUGGAUUUGGUCUUAUAUUUGUUGACUCUACUGGUGAAAAUGUAACAGUUAAUGUGUUAAUCUGGCUGUGAUCAUUUAGGUUAUUUUUAUACUGUAAAGCCAAAUUUGGAUGUGACUCAACAAGGUAGAUUUGCACUUAAGUUUUUAUAAUGGUUCUACUGUAUGUUAUUUUUGAAGGUUACUUGUAGCAUUCACACUGUCAUAUCAGAUUUAUUACACGCUACCUUACUGAUGCGUUGAAUAUUAUUGAAUGUAAAAGUGUGUUUACAUUUUCAUUUAGAAAAAAAUUGUUUAUUCUCUAUACCAGGGAUGGGCAACUUCGGUCCUGGAGGGCCGGUGUCCUGCAGAGUUUAGCUCCAACUUGCCUCAGCACACCUGCUUAAAAGUUUCUAGUAUGCCCAGUAAGUCCUUAAUUGGCUGCUUCAGGUGUGUUUAAUUAUGGUUGGAGCUAAACUCUGCAGGACACCGGUCCUCCAGGACCGAAGUUGCACAUCCCUGCUCUAUACUGUUCAUGACACUGGUGAAUGUGUUGAAUUUGGUUAGUCCAUAAAUUGUUGUUUGGGAAUCAUCAUUUGGGUGAUUGUCUUAUCUUACAGUACUAAAAUAUAUUUUUUAAAAGUAAAAGUCAGCUAUUGUCUUUGAUACUGUAAUUUGUGUAAAUAAGCAGUUUAUUCUGUAUAAACCACGCCCCCUGCUGGCCACCUAAGUUAUCUUUCAAGAACAGAGUUCAGCAGUUGAACUGUUCAUUCUUAUAACACAAGUGACUAGCCAUAGAUAAUGAGGCUAGACUAUAAGCAAAUACUUAACCACACACUAAAAAAUAUUAAAUAAAACAGAACCCUGUGUUUUAGUAACAAGAGGAUAUUUAAGUUAAAUGUUAUUUAUUAAAAUAUCACAAUGUAUUUUAAGACAUAAUUGGUACCUUCAAACUCUGUAAUUUUAUGCCAUAAAAAACUGGGUACAUUUUAUUCAUUAUGUUAUUUAGUUGGCCAUUUCCAAAUAAAGUUAAACAGUCAACAAAU